UGUCAUACCAAGUACGUAGUUGUCACUGUGGGGAAAGAAAAUUCUUCAUUUUGUACCUAAAAUACUGCAUCGGUACACGAGAGAAGAUUAAUUUUUGUGAGGCGGAAUUUAGAAGUGUGCUUGCAGUAUGGUUGAAGAUUGUUGAAUUAGCUGCUCCAGAAUCGCUUCCGUUCUGGCGAGUUUAGAAAACCAUCCUUGCAUCAAGAGUAUUAGGAGAGAACAAGAAAAUGGAGAAUACGUCGUAUGGGAUAAAUGUGGCGAAUCGGUACGAUCUGUUUUCGAUCGACGAUGAAGCAGGCGACCCAUUCGAAGCUCUAGCCAAAAAUAAGCAGAAAAUUGCUAAGAAGCAGACAUCGGAGAACACUUCCGCCUCAAAGGUACCAGCAACAUCAGUGACAACGACAGUGACGAAAAAUGUGAAAAAUGCGGAAAAGGAGAAUAAAAGUAACCCAACCAACAGCAAAUUUAAUAAUGAAAAUAGGCAUCCGGACAAAACCGCUUCCGAAUCCAAAGUUAUGAACGCAGGAAAUUUACAUAACGUACCCCGCGGAGGAAGUGAAAAACAUGGCAUCAAAGAAACUCAGAAGGACAAUAUCCGUACAACACGUGAAGACGGUAAAAAUGGCUACGCAGGAGGGAAAAACACCGAGAGGCGUUCGCAAAUCAAUAAAAGCAAUUUUCCAUCCAGUCUAGAAAAUCGAGAAGAGAGGAAUAACAGAAAAAAUCGCGAGCUAAAUAACGAUGAGAACAACAUCAACCGCAAGUCCCAAAAUGGCAAUAAUAGGCGUGGUGGUGGCAACUUUGAGGGGCGUGGUGGAAAACGGGAAUUCGAUCGCCAAUCUGGUUCUAAUAAAACAGGAGUUAAAGCUGUAGAGAAACGUGAGGGAACCGGUUCACAUAAUUGGGGAAGUGCAAAGGCCGAUGCUAAGGAAUAUAAUAACCUACAAGACGACUACCAUCACACACAGGACUCCGAAGAAGACAAAACAAACAUCUUGGACCAGAGCAAGGAAGAUGCUUCGACGGAUCCAACUGCCAACAAAACCUCAGUUGAGGAGGAACUCAAAGAAAUGACCUUGGACGAAUGGAAAGCUCAGAUUGCAGCUACCCGUACUAAGCCACAGUACAAUCUUCGAAAGGCCGGCGAAGGAGAAGAUGCCACUCAGUGGGAAAAGAUGGUUGCAUUAGAUAAGAAAAAUGCGGAUAUUGAAAUCAAAGAGGAGAACGAAAUUCAGAAGAUUGGAAAACAAAGACAAGUUCUUGAAAUUGAAUUUCAUUUUAAUGAUGGACGGCGUGGGGGUUUGAUGGGACGUUCUCGAGGCCGUGGUGGUAAAGGUGGUGGUCGUAACAUACCCAAACGAGAUGAGAUUGGUGUUGGAAGUGGUGGCGGCAACGGUACAAGAGGUGAAAGGAAAGAAACUACUGACGGCGACCGGCGCAAUCGACCACCAACGACCAACGAAGGUAACAACAAUUUUGGCGGAAAUUACAAAGUUUCAAAACAAACUAACCGUUUCAACAAAAAUGCGGCUCCAAAAGUAGACGAUGAACAUGAUUUUCCUUCAUUAGGUUAGUUUUCAGUUGUAAACUUAUUAGAAAUGAAACCCAUCUGCAAAUUUUACGAUUUAUAAUUCGUAUAAGCAUGCUUUUUUCAUACUAAUAGGUUUCUUAACUGGAAUAUUCGAAAUAAACAAAACCGACAUAUAAGUAAAAAAAGUAAAUCGUGUUUUGUCCUGAAGAACUGUAACUGGUUACAACACAAUUCUUGGAAAAUCUAAAAUAAAAUAUCAAUACAACAUAA